CAGGCGCCGCCGCUGCUCGGUGGAGAUUUUUGAAAGUUGUGGGGGAGAAAACAGAUAUCAGCCCUGUGGUCGUGUCCUGUACGGAAUAUACUGUAUUAAUAACUGUUUAACACUGAGAAUACACAGUUAUCCGAGGAGCACCGCUGUUUUGGGACGCUGUAGAUAUGGAUGAGGAGGAGAGCACUGACCGGCAGCACCAGCUGGCCAUGCUGUUUCAGAAACUGGAGAAGAUUAAGAGAUACUACAAUGAUGAUGACACAGACAACAUUAACCAGAUCAUCAGUUCCAAUUCUCCAGACUCAUGCCAUUUGUUUUUGACUAAGAUGGAGAAGAAAGGCAAUCCACUCUCAGAUCAUAGUCUUCUCUCUAAAUUAAUUGAUUUCUACACUAAAGUGUUUUCAAGCAUGCCAUUAGGAAAGUACAGUCAGAAUUUAAGCUACGCAAAGAUGCUGGUCAGAUUUGCAGAGCUAAAAGCUAUUCAAGAUGUCGGUGAUGCACAGGAUAGCUUUGACAUUGCAAGAUCCCACUGCAAGGAUUUUGCCUUUGUUCAUAUAGCUUAUGCUCAGUUUGAGCUUUUGCAAGGAAAUGAGAAGAAAAGUGCAUGGAUUCUUCAGAAGGCUUUUGAAAUGGGUGCCAAACCACCCAAAAGUCUUGAAGCUGCAAUGCAGAAUCUAAAAUUGGGAAGACGACGCCUCCUUUCCCAGGAGGAUAAAGAGAAUUUAGCAGUGGCGGCAGUUGAAAAUGUUCAUGAACCACUAAAAAGCAACUUUGUGGCUAAAGGAGGCUCUGGAAAGUCAGAUACAAUGGAUGAUUUUCAGCUUGCUAGCAGUUUUUCUCUAGGAGCUGAUCAGAAGACCAGUCCACAGGACGACCAUUUCCCUGUCUGGAGGUCUGGCUCACAACACAAAAGAACAAUUGCCAUGCCUGGGAGGAUUCCUAUGAUACCCCUGUCAAUCCCUGAAAAUGAGAAUGUUGUUUACAAAUCUGAGCCUGUCAGCCAGGGGAGUACCUUGUCUAGGUUGACAUAUACAUCAAGUUCAUCCUCUGUGUUCUCACUGUCCUCUUCAAAAAAGAGUUCUGGAGAUGGAGACUCUUACAACCUGCUAAAUCUGAAGCCACCUGUUGUCAGUCCGGAGCCACGUCCCUGGGAGGACACUAGUGAAGCGGAUUCCACCACAACACUCCUACACAGACCAGAAAGGAAAGAUACCACCAGACUCGAUGAUACUACUGGAAACAUGAACCAGAUUAUGAACUCAGGCUCUCCUGAAGCUUGCUUUACUUACCUCACAAACCUGGAGAAAACGGGUGACCCUUAUACAGAUGCUGCCUUUCUGUGCAGGCUGCUGGAAUGCUACUCUAAAGUGUUUUCCAGGCUUCCCCUAGCACGUCAUAGCAAAACUGAAAGCUAUGCUCGAAUGCUGAUCAGAUAUGCUGAGUUGAAAGGAAUUGAAGACCCUGAUGAUGCUGAGGAUAAUUUCAUCGUUGCAAGAACCAAUAGCAAAGCUUUUGCUUUUGUGCAUAUUGCUCAUGCUCAGUUUGAGCUCUCGCGAGGUAACACUAAGAAAAGUACUUACAUUCUGCAGAAGGCCAUGGCGUCAAAUGCAAAACCUGCUGAACUUCUCCAGAUGGCAAUGGCCAAUUUGAAGUCAGGAAAAGCACAGCUGCUUCCAGCAGAGGACAGAAUGCACAUUGCAGAUGCAGUAAGCACUCACAGUGAUGGAGGAGGAAGGGCAGAAGAGACACCACUAAGGAUUUCAACAAAUAACUGGCAGCCAAAAUCUAAUGCUGUGGAAAGUUCAUCAGAAUGGAAGAUUCCAGCACGAAUCAAUAAAUUUGCAUCUCCAGAGGAACAAAAACCCGCUGUUGGGCCCAUUCCCACACCAGGACCUCUUCAUUCGCUGAGAACUCCCUCUGCUUCAAUGCCACCCAGGUUAAAUAUGGCCAUUAGCAGUCAGACUCCCAACUACAGAGAACCUAAUCCAAACAGUUUUGUUACGCCUGUAGUGAAGCAGAGACCACCUGUAGUGUCCAUUCCAUCUACAGCUCAGCGAGUCAGCCACACUCCCUUACCCUGCACUCCACAGAAUCAGAUAUCCUGUCCACAACAGCCAUCACAGGCGUCUGUGAAUGUCUUCACCAAUGAGUCAAUCACAAUCAAAGGGAGACAGUUCUUCAUUUUGAAGAUGAUUGGCAGAGGAGGUUCCAGUAAGGUGUAUCAAGUUCUGGACCAUAAGAAACAAUUGUAUGCAGUGAAAUAUGUAAAUUUGGAUGAGGCGGAUACCCAAACCAUUGAAAGCUACAAGAAUGAGAUUGAGCACUUAAAUCACCUUCAGCAGUACAGUGAUCAGAUCAUCAAGCUGUAUGACUAUGAGAUCACUGACAGCUACAUCUACAUGUUAAUGGAGUGUGGCAGCCUGGACCUCAACACUUGGCUACGCAACCGCAAGACUGUCAACUCGCUGGAGAGGAAGUUCUACUGGAGGAAUAUGCUGGAGGCAGUGCAGACCAUCCACAAACAUGGUAUUGUCCACAGUGACUUGAAGCCAGCUAAUUUUGUGAUUGUGAAUGCCUCUCUAAAACUCAUUGACUUCGGCAUAGCCAACCACAUUCAGCCAGAUAUGACGAGUGUUGUGAAGGACUCGCAGGUGGGAACUCUAAACUACAUGCCGCCAGAGGCCAUAAAAGACACUUCUUCAAAGGGGGGAAAGCCAAGGUCAAAGAUCAGCCCAAAGGGUGAUGUGUGGUCACUUGGCUGUAUCCUGUACUGUAUGACCUAUGGGAAAACCCCUUUCCAAACUAUCACCAACCAGAUUACCAAGCUACACGCUAUUAUUGAUCCGUCCCAUGAGAUUGACUUUCCUGACAUCCCAGAGAAGGAUCUGCUGGAUGUGCUGAAGCGCUGUCUGAUUCGGAAUCCUAAAGAGCGGAUCUCGAUUGCAGAACUUCUUGACCAUCCAUACUUAUGGCUGCAGCCUCAGAAACCUCCUGAGCCAGAAAGCUGCAACAAUGAUCUAAAGAGGAUUCUAAAUGAGUUGGCUGCUUUGCAGUCUCCCAACAGCAUUGCAAGAGCUGCAAGUAAUCUGGCAAAGAUGUGUAAUAGUGGGAAAAAAUUGGACGUUUCCGAGUGCGUCAAGAGUUCCAGUCAGUCCACAUGGAAGUGAAGAGUAAUAAAGAGCACAUGCCAGCCAGUGGCUUAAAUAUCUUUUGAUUUCUUGAGAUGAGAAAUUUUAGUUUUAAUAUUGGCCAAUUGAUGUUUUUUGAAUGGAGAAGAAUGCUUAGUAGAAACAUUUCUGUGCUUUUCUUUGAUUAAAAAACUUGUGGUCUGUCAAACUUGUGUUGCUAUCUUGUGAGAAUUAUAUCAGGUAUAGGCUCCAUUAAUCAUAUUUGUACCUGUCACUUUCCCUUCAUUUUCUAUGUCUUUGUUUAUACACUGUGUUCUCACAAAUAAACGUACCUAUACGCUA